AUGUAUGGCAGAACUGCAAGAGCCUCUGAGCUCUUGGAUAAUUUAAAAGGUGAGAUUGAUGCCCUCAACCAUGAAUUAUCAUUAUAUAAACACCAAAAAGAUGACUAUGAAAGAAAAUUUCAAAAUCAAUUAGCAGAAUUAAAUACAAUACAACAAACAUUAUAUGAUUUGGAGAGGGGUCAAAAUAAGAUGAAGAUACAUUAUGAAGAGGAGAUUAGACAAUUAAAGAGACAACUUGAACAACAAAAUAUAAAUGCCAGUCAAAGAGAUUUGAAUAGUCCUUCAACAUUUAGAUCAAAUAGUCCAGCUCCACCAGCACAACAUAAUAACAACAACAAUAAUAUCAUCAACAACAACAAUAAUAAUAACAAUAAUAAUAAUAACAUGCAAAGAAAUACACCAACCCCAACUAUUCCUGAUAAAGGUCAACCAAAACAAAGACAACGUUCAGGAUCUGGCGAAUUUUAUCAACAACCAGGUUUAGGUCCACAACAAUUAAAUUUCCAACAAUUAAAUUUACAACAACAACAACAACAAUUACAACAACAACAACAACAAGGAAGUGGUCAAUCUUUCCCAUCAUUAUCACCAUUAGAUUCAAAUAGACAUCCAAAAGAAAUGGGUAAUAAUAUGAGUGGUAAUAGUAUGAGUAUGAAUAACAAUAAUAACAAUUUAAAUAAAAAACCAGAUAUGGAAGAAGUUAAAGAAGAAGAUAGAAGAAGACAUGAUACUGAAAUGAGUGAAGAGAAUGGUAAAGAAAAAGGUACAGAUUGGUUAGUUGGAUAUAAUCCAAGUGUUCAAACAAACCUAAAUAUUGAUCUUCUUCAUAAUUUACAACACAAUAGUGUUGUUUGUUGUGUAAACUUUAGUAAUGAUGGUAAGUAUUUGGCUACUGGUUGUAACAGAAGUGCUCAAAUCUAUGAUGUAGAUACCGGUAAAAAAGUUCAUGCAUUUGUUGAUGAAAGUGAAAAAGAUGGAGAUUUAUAUAUUAGAUCAGUAUGUUUUUCACCAGAUGGUAACUAUUUAGCAACUGGUGCUGAAGAUAAAACUGUUAAAGUUUGGGAUAUUCACACUAAAAAGAUUCAACAUACUUUCUAUGGUCAUGAAUUGGAUAUCUAUUCUUUGGAUUACUCAAGCGAUGGUAGAUUCAUUGUCUCUGGUAGUGGUGAUAAGAAAGCAAAAAUCUGGGAUAUUGAAAAAGGUAAAUGUGCUUUCACACUUGGUAAUGAAGAAGUUGGUCCAAAGAAUGGUGUAACUUCUGUUGCUAUGUCACCUGAUGGUAGAUUGGUUGCAGCUGGUUCAUUGGAUAAUAUUGUACGUUUAUGGGAUGCUCAAACUGGUUAUUUCUUAGAGAGAUAUGAAGGCCAUUUAGAUUCAGUUUAUUCAGUUGCAUUCUCACCAGACGGUAAAUCUUUAGCAUCAGGUAGUCUUGAUAAAUCCUUGAAACUUUGGGAUUUAUCCGGUUCUAGAUCACGUUCAAGAUGUAGAGCUACCUUUAAUGGUCACAAAGAUUUUGUCUUAUCUGUAGCAUUUUCACCAGACGGUAGUUGGUUAAUUUCUGGUUCAAAGGAUAGAUCAGUCCAAUUUUGGGAUCCAAGAAAUGGUACCACUCAUAUGAUGUUACAAGGUCAUAAGAAUUCUGUAAUUAGUGUUGCCCUCUCUCCAAAGAAUAAUUCUCAUGGUGUGUUUGCUACUGGUUCAGGUGAUUUCCGUUCAAGAUUAUGGAAAUAUGACUCUUAA